GUGUCGGGUGAGGUCUCCAAAAUCAGUUUGGAGUUUGCUUGAGUUUAUUCCUGUCGACUUUCAAUGUGAUUAGUUUACCUGCUACAUACUUACUUAAGAUAGUGAUUGCGCGAAUUCAUACGUUUUCUGCAGCAAAUCUUAUGAAUUAGUUUCGCCGAUAAUUGGAAAUAAAAGAUAUAUAGACAGGCAAUUAUGAGUCGCUGGGCAAAUAAAACCGCAAUCGUUACCGGCGCUGGAUCCGAUCUUGGCCAAGCAAUUACAUUCGCUCUUUUGAAAGAUGGAAUACACGUAUCUGCUAUAGAUACGAAGGAAGGAAUAAAUAAAAUUAACGCGAAAUACAAAAAGAUGAAAAUAAUUGAUACACAUACGGGUAAAUUAGAACUUCAAUGUUAUAUGAAGGAUAUCGAAGAAACAUUCAAGAAGGAUGUGGAUAUUCUGAUCAAUAAUCACAAUGCUUUUAGUAUAGGAUUGUCGUUAUAUGAUCAGUUUAUAAAUGAUGCGAUAGAGUCUAUGCGCAGGCGACAAGUAGAAGGGCACAUUUUCAAUAUCAACAGUAUUUACGGUCAUUUCCUUCCAACAAAAUCUUUGGAUAAAGCUUUGGAUAAAGAAUAUAUAUCUCUUUUUAAUCAGCAUGUCGCUUGUGACCGCGCAGGUAUUACUUUAACUCAUUUGAUACGAAAUGACGUAGAAGGCGUUAAACCUCCUAUUCGAGUUACGAGUAUUAGUCCUAGUUGUCUGAAAAUGGAUAUACCUUUGAAUGAGUCUAAUAAUUUAAUGCCAGAGGAUGUAGCGGAUGCGCUUAUUUAUGCUCUUCGACUAAAACCGGAAGUUGAGAUUACGGAACUUAUUAUUCAACCUACCGGGACACUUCCAUGAAAAAUAUUUUUAGCAAUAUGUCCACCUCUCUUAGCACCUCACUCAAUAUAGUAUAAAGAGAUUUUUAUUUAAAAUAAAUUUGUAUUGCUUUGUAUUUUUUUGCAUGA